AUGAAUACAGAACCAGACGUUAUGCAUGAAUCCCUCUUUCGCCCAGCUAAAAAGCGCAAGUUCAUGCGCCGACGUCCCGAUCAUGAAACCCCAGAAACAUCCGACGCCGAUCUUGCCCCCAGUCCUGCAAACCAAAACAACCUAAGUCCCGGCAGGCUAUCGCAGGCCGACGCCCCUAUCACCACAAAACCUGCUGCGAGCCGGCGCUUACGUCCAAUCCGAAAGGGUGGGAUCGGGUUCUCUACCACAUCGCGACUAGGAGAUGAACAAAGCCGACAACUAGCCCUCGGGCCAGCAUCUGGAGAUCCGGAUCAAGAGAAGAUCCAAGCUAUGAAUGAACGGUUCACUGGAUAUACUGGCCAGACUGUGGAUGUCGACAGGCACAUGAUGGCAUACAUAGAUUCCGAGAUGGCCAAACGCUACCAACCUGAGCUCCAGGCAGAGAAUUCAGAUGCCAGCCAAGCAAAGCACGAAGAGACAGCCAGCGGGUUAUCAGUGCCCGGUCAGAAACAACGCGAGCCUGCGUCCCUCGGCAAACUCCAUGAAAUCGAUCUCGGCCACGAAGCAACAUUGCGGAACAUUGCACGAACGGAAGCUGCGACUCGGAAGCUUGCAGGAGAAGAAGACGUGCCGACACCGAGAGAAACCACAGUACCGGGGACAAGUCGCUCUGGUCCGGAUGGGAAGCCUUGGCGGAAUCGCAAGCAGAGGACAGAUGCGGACAUUGAAAGAGAUCGUCUUGUGGAAGAAGUCCUACGCGAAAGCAAAUUGGAUGUCUACGAAGAUCCCGAGGAUGAAACACAUCUAGAUGAUCAAGCUGCUGAUGAUAGAAUCGCUGAGCAAUUUCGACGAGACUUUAUGGAUGCAAUUCAGUCCCGUCGCCGGACGACAAAACCUGCACCCAAGGUUGCCGAGGGGCCUCGGGGACCAAAGCUGGGAGGCAGUCGGAGUGCCAGAGCUGCUAUGCGGGAAACGCAGACAAAGCCGGGACACAAAUGA